AUGGCACCGGUGCCAGGAGACAAGGUUUGCGGAUCAGUGGUCGUGCAUGCAGAAGUGCUUUGCCACGUUCGGCUCAGACACUAUCUGGACAGAAGCAGUCGUGUGUACCAUAUCGAGGGAAUUCCCGAAGCCACCGAGGAGCUGCAGCAGCUAUGUGGUCCAUGCUUCAAAGCGACUAUCUUGAUUCAGAGACCCCCCGCUCGUAGCCCCAACUGGCUAGACAAGCGCGCGCUGGAGCGGAUCACGACUUUGCCGAGUGCAUUCAUCCAGGAAAUGGAACCUAAAGGGAGCGUCGACAUCAUGAAUUGGCGAGCACUGCAGUAA